UGGUGAGGUAAACUGGCAGAAGCAGCCAUUUUAGCACUAUGUACCGCUGCAGGCUCUUACAUGAAAGACGACAUAGCAGUGUGUAUUUGAGGUGAAGUUACCAUGGUGAUCCUGAAUCGCUUGAGUGUAGAAGACGAUCCACAUGAUGGUCCUACGUUGCUGCCGGAGGCUGCACAAGCUGCUGUAACGAUGCCUGCAGCACAUAAACAGGCAACACAGUCACAUUUAAAAAAUGUAUUCCUCAGCAGGAGUGAGAACCUAGUGGUCAGUGUGGUUCUUCUUGUUGCAUGCUACUCUGCUAUUCUUCUUCCAGCAUAUUUCCCCUUACAUAAACAGCCUGUGAAUGAUGACCAAUAUCCCAAAGAUCUGAACUUGUUGAACCGCUCGGCCUCCCUGCUGGCAAGACAGUGUCAGUCUCACUGGUGUGUGAAGCGCCUCAAGUCUCUGCCCUGCUCCUCAAGCCUCAUGGACAUUCCUGUGUUUAUGCUGAAAGAUGGGAGCGGUGCAUGCUGGGAUAUGCCUCCUCCUCUCGGGCUACGGGGGAGCAAAGAGCAUCUGGACCGGGCUCUGGCCGCUGUACCUCAGCCUGGUCUGCCGUUAUCUUUGAGGAAGGUUGGGGGAAGUUGCAAGCGAUGUGUGGUGGUGGGCAGUGGAGGGGUCCUCCUUGGGAGCCAUCUUGGAUCUCAUAUAGAUCAGUAUGAUGUCAUCAUUAGGAUGAACAAUGCCCCAGUGCUUGGCUAUGAGAGAGACGCCGGUUCUCACACCACGAUUCGCUUGAUGUACCCAGAGGGGGCACCCGGCUCUGUUAACGAUUACAACAAGACCGAUAUUGUUGCUCUUGUGGUCUUUAAAAGUCUGGAUCUGGACUGGCUCACCUCUGUCAUCACUAAACAACCUCUGAGCUUGUGGUCCAAACUGUGGUUCUGGAAGGAAGUGGUGGAUGAUAUUCCUUUGAGACCGGAGAACUUCAGGAUCCUCCAUCCAGAGAUUAUUCGCAAGACUGGAGAAGUCCUACAGAAAUACUCUCAGAAACAAGGAAAUAUGGUGCCCACACUGGGUGCUAGCGCUGUGGUGAUGGCUCUGCAGUUGUGUGACCAUGUCAGCUUGGCAGGCUUCGGCUACGACAUGCAGCACCCUCACUCUCCACUUCACUACUAUGAGACCAUACAUAUGGCCGCCAUGAAGGCUCAGGUGGUUCAUGACGUGAGCGCUGAGAAGCUCUUCCUGAGGGAGCUGGUGGCUGCAGGAGCUGUGACUGACCUGACGGGAGCGCUGUGAUGCGGACAGGCUGACAAUAAUAUGAACUCCACGUGCAUCCUCCUCCAUCCUCCUCUACUGUCUCUUCUUGGGAGUCAACCUGCGGUGAUGCUGAUGUCCUACAUAGUUAGUGGAAUUGUGCCCAGGCAGCUGCUGAGAAGCAGCAAGACCGACCUUUAAAACACAACAUCCUCAGGGUCUGAUAGAGAAAUAAGUGAAUUUAACAAGAUUGUGAGUGUACUGGAUACAUUUGACAGGAAGUUACAUUAUCAGUCCAUAUAAUGUAUCUAUUAUUAUUAUUAAUAGUCCCAUACAAGGCUCCAGCAUUUGACUUUGCAAUCAUGUUUUGUUCCUGAUGAUUUCUAGUACAUUACAUUGCAUUGCUGCAAUGUGUGUGUGCACUGUGUGUAUGUGUGCGAACGCCCCCGCCUCCCCCCAACAGAGACAAAGCAGUUGUAUGACUGAACCACUGCAACGAGUGAACUCUCUUCCUGUCUGUUCAUUUUCACUUAUAAUGUGAUUAAUUUAUUUAUUUGCGAUUUCGCAACAUUUUUUUCUGAACAAGAAACCUUUACACAUUUUAAUCUUGUGAAAUAUUGUGACAGAAUGAACAUAUUGUUAAAUAGCAUGAUGUUUGUUUAUACAUUUCAUUGGAUAAGUGUUGUGGGAGAUGUGUACUACAUGUUUCAGUUAUAUAGGACUAACAUUUUUUGUGAUAUUAGUCACAUAACCAGUUGGUGGCUGAUAUAAAAUUACAAAAAUAAAUAAGAAAUUGUGAAUAAAACUAUUCUAUAAGUAUCUAUAGGAGUGGAUUACGAGAGGGUUCCCACAGCUUGCUGGCCAGUUGUCUGCAGUGCUGCAGGAUGAUCUCAGUGGGGAUGACGCCCAGGUGGACUGUCAGCAGCUCAUAACACUUCACCACCUCGCCCUGGUGGCUCUUACUGUAAUAGCGCAGCAGCUUCCUACGAGGGAACACACACACCACACUCUCUUCAGCAUUGUCUGCCUCCUCUUUAUGGAG